AUGGAGUCCAUGGAGUUCGUUUUGGAGAGCAGUAUUCGGCACACCAGCAGCUCCAGAUCCCUGCACUCUCACGCGUCUCGCUGGUCGCGGAAAGCUAGCCACGCCUCUGAGCGGACCUCGACCACCGCAUCAUCCCUCUAUCUGCAAGGCCGUAGCAGGGAAGGUGAUCAUGCAGAGAUGACUGCUUUCCUGAAUGAGGAGAAGCUGCAGACUGAAAGGAUCGAAGUUCGCAGAAUUCAGCGGGUGCUCGACAACGGAAGAAUGCUGCAGGUAGACCGAGGAAUCCGGGGCAUAUGCUUCCGCCUGAUGCACAACGACGGCAUGCAGGUGCUCUGCCAUAUGGCAGCUCUUUUCACGCUGCUUCUGGUACUCGUCCAUGCAAACGUGGCCGCGGGCACCCUGCGAGAUCCAGAGGAUGUGACGCUUCAAGCCGUCAACGAUGCAAUCGAUGCUGUCAUGAAAGUCCUGAUCGGCUUGUACGUUUUGGAAGUGGUCCUCCGCGUCAUUGGCUGUCCAGUCCAACCGUUCUACCUCGAUGGCUGGCUUGUCACCGACGUGGUCGUUUCCAGCAUUGCCUUUACCGACGAGUUCCUCCUGGAGCACUUCAACAGCCUUGGUAUCUUCCGGUCCAGCAGGGCGAUUCGCAUGCUCCGGAUUCUCCGAGUGGGACGCAUUUUUUCGAUCUUCGCAUCGAUCAGGGAGUAUCCAUUGGUGGCGCAAGUGAUUUCUGAGACAGUUGCCCGGCUUGGCUGGAUGUUGGCGAUAUGGAGCACGGUGGGUUGGUGCACGGCCGUGAUGCUUACGGUCGUGGUUGGGGCCUCCGGAUACACGGAGCUGCCACCUGUUGAGGAUCCUAUUCUUCAAGCGCUGGUUGAGUCAGGUCCGACGCAUCCCCUGAGCGUUGAAGAGAUCCUUCGAGGGAUGGGCGGUUCCCUUUUGAUCCUCAACUUGAUUCCGCUGAGACUGAUCUACUGGGGCCCCGGCAUCGUCUGGAAACUGCUCCUGGCGGAGAGUCUACGUUGGAAUGUUGCAGGAAGCAUCAUCUUGGCCUAUGCAGCUCUUUGCCUCUGCUGGCUGUGGCCGAUGGUGCUCGGCACCUUCAUCUCGGCGCUCAGAGAGGGCAAUGCGAAGCACCAGCAGAAGAAGGUAGCUGAAGCCCGUGCAGAUUCCGCGAUGAGCGCCGCUGAGCUGAUCGAGCUCUUUGAGGACAUGGUGGGAGACAACAAGGAGAGAUUUAUCUCGAUCGACGAUUUUCGGGACCUCCAGCUCAGGCAUCCUCCGUUUCAUCACUUGAUCUCUGGGGGAAAGACAGGCAAGAUAGCCGAUUCACUGGCUGAUGUCAUCUUCAGAGAGAUUGAUGUCAUGGGACAUAACUUUUUGACCCUCCCCGACUUCGUGGUGGGUGUGCUGAAGAUCUUCCGGGUAAGCCCACGUCCGGAGUUUAUGCACACGGACGAACAGCAGAGACGAGCCUUGAAAUCCUUCAAGAAGGUCUCGGACAGCACACGAUUUAGCUUCUUGGUCACCAACCGGUACAUCUCCGAGUUCUCGCGCAUGUUACAGACCCUGCUAGAGUCAAGUGCAUCGAUGCUGCGACAGGUCGAGACUCCGCGCACCCCACAAAUGGAGCAGCGCAGUCUGGCGGCAGUUGACGAAAAAGAGGAUGCAGCCAUCCGGCAGUGGUUUCGAGGUGUGGCCGAGGAAGAUCACAACAUCAUGUCCCGCCUGGAUGCCCUGGAAGAGAGGAUUGGAAAUCUCCAAAAGAGGACCUAUCCAGUUGAAGAGAAGCUCAAGACGGCUUUCGGGAAGGUGACAGAAAAGAUGAUCCAAGAGGAUGUUUUGCCCUGGCUGCGAUCCGCGAUUCCACAAUACUGUGCGGGCUUGUCGUUGAAAGUGCAGCGUCGCGAUGAAAUGCAGAGGACUGCGGCCGCAGGGCAGACGCAAGUGCAGCAGGGCCAGGUGCACUUGCAGAGCCCUCCCAGUCCAGACUCCCAGCAGCGGAGAGGCUUUCGUCUCAUGGAGUCUUUGCGAGAGGAGUUGCUGAGAGCAGCCUAUGGUGAUGAGUGGGGCAAGACGGGUCACGACCUCGCCGGGCACCAGGUUGUCGGCGAGGCAGAUGUCGCUAGUGUGGUUGGGUGUGUUUUCCUCGAGUUGAGCUCAGGAGAGUUGCUGCCUGAAGGUGUCGAGCAGCUGGCACGUGCCUUCUGCACGCGAGAGGUUCCGCUGAGUGGACCCAUCCUCGAGCUGGGCAUGGGGACUGGCAAAGUCGCCCUCCAGCUGUUCUUCACCUUGCACGUUGAUAUCUUCGGAUUGGAGCUCGCACCGAGCCGCUAUGCACUGGCGGCGUCUGCCCUUCGAGAGCUUUCACGGGCAAGUGAACGCUUCACUUUUCAGGAGCCGGGAGACUCUUCAUCGGUAUUGCUGGACCACGAGUAUGGCAUACGGUGCGAGUUUCGGUGUGCCUCCCUCUUGGACACGCCCGUGGAGAUGCUGCAGAGAGCUUCUGCAGUUGUUAUGGAGGUCUGCCUGCCGCUUGAGGUGCAGCGAGAGGCCAGCAAGAGGCUCCAGAUGUGCCCUGCCGGCUGCCGCAUCGUUAGCUACUCGGCCCUUCAUGGCCUGGUCGGUGACUGCCGCCUUGGACCCGUGAAAGACAGCAGUGGACUGAGUGGUGAUGGACGAGGAGGCAUCUCCCUCGCUGCGUCCUGGAAGCCAGUGGGUCAUGGCUUUGGCUUUUACGAGAUGGCCGAUUCAGCUGAAGAUGCUGCCGCUGCUUGGGAUGAAGCAGAGAAGUUGAAGUCCGAAGAUGCCGUUCAGGUUGAUGCGACCGGAUGCCCUUCUCGUGCCCGGCGGCUGCGCUACACUGAUGAUGUCUUGGCUGAUCCGGCCCUUGCAAAGUAUCCUUGGGCGAAGGGAGAUAAGGUCUUGGUUGGGUAUUCUUGGCUGCCGUUCCCAGACCUCGGAGAGCCGGACGACGGUAGUGCUGGAGGGCUGGAUGGGGUGACCUGGAUGCCGGCAUAUGUGGUCUGCGUGUUCGAGGACAAUUUCGUGAAUGUUUGCUACGAAGAUGAUGGUACCGUGGAGGAAAGGGUGCACCCUGACAGGAUACGAAUUCCAGGGAAGUGCCGCCAAGUGGAUGCCGUGACAUGA